GCUCCGGGCCGCGGCCGCCGCCAUCUGCGAGCCCUGUGCCCGUGAACGGGCGCCCUUCCCCUGCCCCGCCAUGCCGCGGUGGCCGGUGCCGGCGUGAACAGGCGAGCGGCGGGUCCCCGGCGGCCAUGCGGGCCCUGGCGGGCUGGGCCGUGCUGGUGGCCCUGGGCGAGUGGCUGCUGCUGCGGGCGGGCGGCGUGGUGCCGCUGGCGGAUUUCUACCCCUUCGGGCCCGCCGAGGGCGACGCCGCCACAAGGAAGCAGGACGACGGCGGCUCCGAGUUGCGGCCCCUCUCUGUCCCCUUCCCCUUUUUCGGGGCGGGACACACCGGCCUCUACGUGAACAAUAACGGGAUCAUCUCGUUCCUGAAGGAGGUCUCCCAGUUCACGCCGGUGGCCUUUCCCAUCUCCAAGGACCGGCGUGUGGUGGCUGCUUUCUGGGCAGACGUGGACAACCGGCGGGCGGGCGAUGUGUACUACCGGGAGAGCACAGAGCAGUCAAUCCUGGAGAGAGCAAGCAGGGACAUCGCACAGUAUUUCCCCGAGUUCCCAGGGUUUUCCGCACAGUGGGUCUUCAUCGCCACCUGGUACCGAGUGACCUUCUUCGGGGGCAACUCAUUUUCACCGGUAAACACUUUCCAGAUCGUCCUCAUCACGGAUGGCAAGCUCUCCUUCACCAUCUUCAACUAUGAGUCCAUCACAUGGACCACGGGUAUGCACGCCAGCAGUGGGGGGGACUUUGCCGGGCUCGGCGGCAUUGCAGCACAGGCAGGUUUUAACGCCGGUGAUGGAAAGCGCUACUUCAACAUCCCUGGAUCUCGCACUGAUGACAUCGCUGACGUGGAGAUGACGACAAAUGUGGGUAUCCCCGGGCGCUGGGUGUUCAGAAUCGAUGAUGCCCAGGUGCAAGUGGGGGGCUGCAGCAAUACAACCUCUGUCUGCCUCACAUUGCGGCCCUGCCUGAAUGGGGGGAAGUGUAUUGAGGACUGCAUCACAGGGAACCCCUCCUACACCUGCUCCUGCCUGGCUGGCUUUACUGGGAAGAGGUGCCAUGUCGAUGUGGACGAGUGUCUCUCCAACCCAUGUCAGAAUGGAGCCAUGUGCCUCAACGGUGCUGGCAACUUCAGCUGCAUGUGCCCACUGGGCUUCAGAGGUGCCAACUGUGAGACCGAAGAGCUGCCAUGUGAGAGCAAAGUGUGCCACAACGGCGGGACAUGCCAGGCAGUGAAUGGGACAGCAGUGUGCUUGUGCCAGCCGGGGUACACAGGGGCAGACUGCCAGACAGAGCUGAACGAGUGUGAGUCCAGCCCAUGCCUGAAUGGUGGGCAUUGUGUUGACCUGGUCGAUAACUACACCUGUAUGUGUCUGGAGCCCUUUGUGGGACAGCGCUGCGAGACAGACUCGUCUAUCUGUGAGGACCGGAGCUGCCGGAACCGGCAGACGUGCAACUACAUCCGCCCAGGCCGCUACAUCUGCACGUGCUCCCCCGGUUAUUAUGGCAACAACUGCCAGUACGGUGGGCCCCGCGUGUCUGGCGCCUGCCUCUCCCAACCCUGCCAGAAUGCGGGCAGCUGCCUGGAGACAGAGCAGGGCUACCUCUGUGAGUGCCGGGAGGGCUACACUGGACAGGACUGUCGAGACAAGCUCUCAGAGGGUUGCGAGUGUCGCAAUGGAGGCAGUUGUCUGGAAGGGAAUGUCACCAUCUGCCAGUGCCUGCCUGGGUUUUUUGGUCUCCUCUGUGAAUUCGAAGUCACCACCACCCCGUGCAACAUGAACACACAGUGUCCGGAUGGUGGGUACUGCAUGGAGUAUGGUGGGAGCUACCUCUGCGUCUGCCACACUGACUACGGCACCAACCACACAAUGCCAUCCCCCUGCGACUCGGAGCCCUGCCUGAAUGGGGGGUCCUGCCAGGUUCAUGAUGACUCGUACAUCUGCGAGUGUCCUCGAGGCUUCCUUGGCAAGCACUGUGAGAAAGCCAAGCCACGGCUCUGCAGCACGGGACCCUGUCGUAACGGGGGCACCUGCAGAGAGACAGAUGGCGAGUACCACUGCUCCUGCCCCUACCGCUUCACCGGGAAGCACUGUGAGAUCGGUAAGCCGGACCCCUGUGCCUCGGGGCCCUGCCAGAACGGGGGCACCUGCUUCCACUACAUUGGCAAGUAUAAGUGCGACUGUCCCCCAGGCUACGCUGGCCGGCACUGCGAGACUGUGCCCUCCCCGUGCUUCCUUAGCCCCUGUGAGAAUGGUGCUACCUGUGAGGACCUUGGCGAGGGCUAUGCUUGCACGUGCCCCAUGGGCUAUAUAGGGAGGCACUGCCAGACUGUGGUUGACUGUGGUAUUCCCAGUGAGGUGAAGCACGCCCAGGUGUCUUUCAACUCCACCAAAGUGGGCUCUGUGGCCGAAUACCAGUGUGAGCUGGGCUACACCCUCAGCCAGCACAACCACCCUCGUGUCUGCCACUCACCGGGUGUCUGGAGUGACCCCCCUGAAUGCAACGAGAUCAAUGAGUGCCAGUCCCAGCCCUGUCUGAAUGGUGGUCAGUGCAAGGACCGCAUUGCUGAGUUCCUGUGCUUGUGUGAGCCAGGUUACACCGGCCAGCAUUGUGAGUCAGAUACUGACGAAUGCCAGUCGGAGCCCUGCAAAAAUGGUGGGACCUGCCAGGACCUCCUUGCAUCCUUCACUUGCUACUGUCCCGAGGGCUUUGUGGGGACCCAGUGUGAGACAGAAGUGGAUGCCUGUGAGUCAGGCCCUUGCCAGAAUGGAGGGGAGUGUGAGAGCUACAGGGGCUCCUACCUCUGCGUGUGCCCGGAGGGUUUCUUUGGCUACCACUGCGAGACAGCCAGCGACCCGUGCUUCUCCAGUCCCUGUGGGAGCAGAGGCUACUGCCUGCCUGGCAACGGCACCCACAGCUGCACCUGCAAAGUCAGCUACACAGGCAAGAGCUGCGAGAAAGAAUUGCUGCCACCAACCUCAUUAAAGGUGGAAAGGGUGGAGGACACUGGUGUGUUGAUUUCUUGGCACCCACCUGAGGACACAGCUGCCAGGCAACUCAUUGACGGCUACGCCGUGACGUACGUAUCCCUCGACGGCUCUUACCGCAGGACAGAUUUUGUGGACCGAAGUCGUUCUGCCCACCAAUUGCGGGCACUAGCCUCCGGCAGAGCCUACAAUAUUUCUGUCUUUUCAGUCAAACGCAACGUGAACAACAAGAAUGAUAUCAGCAGGCCCGUCAUGCUCACCACACGCACUAGACCGCGUCCGGUGGAAGGCUUUGAGAUCACGAAUGUGACAGCCAGCGCCAUCACGGUGCAAUGGGCUCUCCACCGGCUCAAGCACUCCACUGUCAGUAGGGUGCGUGUCUCCAUCCGCCAACCGGGGGACCUGGCAGACCGCACCGUGGAGCUGAACAGCAGCGUGGCCAAGUACACCUUCCUGGACCUGCAGCCAGGAGAGAAGUACAUUGUCCAUGUCACGACACUGAGCGGCCUGGGGACAGAAGACCACCUCUCGGAGAGUCUGGCCACAGCUCCCUUCCACGUAUGGACAAGGCCUCUUCCCCCCCAGAACCUCACUGCCUCCCGUGUCACCACUACAUCUGUGUCCAUGGCAUGGGAGCAGCCACCUGCCGGUGCCGUUGAGGGGUACAUCAUCAACGUCACCACCGCUCAGAGUGUGAAGAGCCGCUACGUGCCCAACGGGAAGCUUGUGUCCUAUACGGUGCGAGACCUGCUCCCUGGGCAGAGGUACCGCCUGUCUGUCACAGCUGUGCAGAACACAGAGCAAGGCCAAGUGCACAGUGAGCCCAUCUACCUCUACGUCACCACAUUGCAGAGGGAUGGGGCUCCGGAGAGACGGUGGAGCCAACCUGGACACCCCCGGGUCCUGCGCAACAGGCUGCCUCCAGCUUUUCUGCCUGAGCUCCGCUUGCUAGCAGAUCACAACGCAGCUGAGGAGCCCUCGCCAGCCCCCAGGUUCACCGAGCUGGUAGAUGGCAGAGGGAGGAUCAGUGCCAGGUUUGGCAAAUCCAUCAGCAUGAAGACACAGCCAGAUGCUCCAGUGAAGCUGGAGAACAUGGAAGCACCCAGCCACAGCAGCCUGGCACUGCAGCUGCAGGAGAACAAGAGCAAGAGUGAGAGGCAGAACUGCUCCAUGAACCCCUGCAGGAACGGAGGCACCUGCACCAGAGGUGUCCAGUCCUACCACUGCAGCUGCCCCUCAGGGUUCAAGGGCCGGCUCUGCGAGCUGGCCUGCAAGAAGGUGCCACACUCGUGCACACGGCUGUACUCGGAAACCAAGUCAUUCCCUGUGUGGGAAGGAGGUACCUGCCACUACCUGUACAGGAGAGUCUACAAGGUACACCAGGAUGUCUGCUACAAGGAGAGCUGCAAGAGCACCGGUUCCGAGACAACAACCAGCAGAAAACCAAGCACCAGUCACACACUGAGGAAGUCCUAAAGAUUCAAACAAGUAGAAGCUUCAUCUUUCCACUUCUAAAGGGUUUUCUUUGUAACACCAGGAAGAUCAGAUCUGCUCACUGGGUUGAACACAGCAGGGGAACCUUCCUGCUUGGCAUCAGCCUCUCCCUCUUCUCCAGCCAGUUAGGGAUACACAGCCAGAUCGGCGCACUGAGCAGCACUCCCUUCCCUCCACUGGACCAGCACUGCCUUCGCUCUGGCUUGCCUUACUCUAGCUGUCUCUGCCCCACCAGGAGCUAAGUGCUGGUGUCCCGCAGCAGCUGGCUGACUGCCCCCCAGGUGACCAGCCUUACUGUCCCCCCCCGCCAGCUGCUCUGCACAAAGGCUUCCAGCUCUGCUCAGGCAUCAGUGGAGCUAAGCCCUGCUCCCUGCCAAUGGCAUCUGCACCAAUCUGUUUUUGUAAUCCAAAGUUAUAAAUUACCCAUAACCCCUAAAUAAAACAGUUUAAUGCAGACCAGAAAGCUGUAGCUAUCACCUGAUGUGAGCCCACAGCAAUCUCGUUGGAGGAGACUUUCCCAGUGUAGACAAGCUAGAAAUGGGGAGUAACCCCCCUUAGCAGUGGGGGGAGCACAGGCACUGGAGUCGCAUCCCCAUCCCCUCUGCUCCAGUGGGGGAAAUUGAGGCAGCUUCUACUGCCUGCCUUUUCCCUUUGCUUUGUAAAGGAUCCCUGGUUUAACCAGCUUUCCAGCUUAGAACGCAGUAGAGCACCUAGAAUGAAUUUUAAGUGUUCUGUACAGCAGAGUUUGUCAGCCGAGUCAUAACACCAUGCUAUGUGCCUCUAAGCCAGUGCAGGGCACAGUACAGGCCCAGGAACAAAGCGGUGUCCCCCUGCACCCCUCUGAGCUGCUCACAGCAUUUCUGUUCCCCACAGAGGAGCAGACCAGCACGCAGCACUGCCCCACCAGCUGCAGCAGGGCAGGCAACGAAAAAGCGUAGCUUAGAAACAUUCCUAGUUUUUGUUUGUACGACAACACUAGUUAAACAUAGAUUUGUGUAUUACCAUACACAGUGUAUAUUAUAAAUUAAUACAUACCAGAGAUAUAUCGUAGUUAUGGUAUAGAGUGUUAUUUCCCCAGCAGCGUUCUGCAAGCAUCACAGGGCGCUUUGUUCUUCAGCCACACAUGUCAAGCUGCAGCCCAGAAGCUGCCCUCAGAGCAGAACAGGCCCAGGACUUUCAGUGCUCCUGGCACCAUCCUCUCCCUCCCAGUAGCAGCUGCCCAGGCACUGUGGAGGAACAAGGACACUGUAAAGCCAUAGCCAGAAGGGCCAGGUGAUGUGCCCCGCAACAUGAGCACUGCAAUCCUGCUUCCCCUGGGCAUGAAAAGAAACCAGCCCCUGCCAGGAAGAGCAGAGUAAGGGGAAAGCCACAACAGCCUCUGCUAUCCACAAGGGAGGGGAAGUUUUGGGGCCAUGGUCAGAAAGUGUAUGCACCCCCAUCUUGUCAGCCAUGAAACCAACACCAACACGGACUGUAGCAAUGGCAGUGGCCCUGCCAUGGGACAGUCCCAUGAUCUGUGCUCCUGCAGUGACAGGCAGCGUGGUGCCGCUGUGAGCCGGCACAGCAGCGUGCCACUUCCUGCCCCACCACCAACACACUAUGUACUGCAGCCAGAAAAUUUUAACCUAGCCUUGGAAAUAAAUUAGUUAUUUUGGUUUGAUUUUCUUUUCCAAAUAAAAACACUUUAUGGAAACUGGA